CCAAUUAUAAUCCCGACGAAGAUGAAGAAUAUCUUGCCUCCAAAAAGAAUGGCAGUGUCUUGGGACGCAUACAACCUGCGGACAACAACAAUGUGACCAGAGUACCCUCAAUUAUUAUUGAUCAGCCACUGCGACGAGGGCAUUCAUCGGGACUAUUCAGUAAUGCCAAAAUUCACGAAGAAGAUUAUCGCCGAGAAACACAAACAAAUGUACCAAUGCUGGGACCGGAGAUACUUGCGGUCUUUGCCAAUUCGCAGAUAUUCCAGGAUCAUCAACCGACCAAAUUGAAUCGUAUCAGUACGAAACCAAAUUUGGCUGGAAUACACUCACCCAAACGGGAUAUGCCAACCACACCCAAGGAAUCUGAUCAGGAUCGUCUGCUGCGACGUUUGGAAGGUAAUAAUGAAUCUACACCGUUUUUGCCCCGAAGCAAUUGUACAAGUAAUGGUGGCAGUGGCCAGAAUACACCUGGCAAUGCCACACCACAUUUAAAGGUUAAAUUCUAUUUGAGCUGA